AUGCCCAACAAGGUUGCCAUAUUACCGCACCUGGACAUGAUGACGGAUGAGUGCCGCGACGUCGGCGCCUGCAACACCGUCUUCCUGCGCACCGGCAAGAACAACCAGCGCCUGCUCUGCGGCACCAAUACCGACGUCAUCGGCAUCCGCGACUCCUUCCUGCAGAGCGUCGCCGACCCCGCCGCCGUCUUCCACAACCGGCCUGCGCUCGUCAUCGGCGGCGGCGGCGCCGCGCGCAGCGCCAUCUACGCCUUGCGCAAGUGGAUGCGCGUCACUACCAUCUACCUCGUCAAUCGCGACGCCGACGAGGUGCGCACCGUGCUGCGCGACUGCGCCGCCCGCGGCUACGGCGCCGGCCUCCGACACGUGGCCACGCUCGCCGAGGUGGACGCGCUGGAGACGCCGGGCGCCGUGGUCGCGUGCGUGCCCGACCUGGAGCCGCGGACGGACGCGGAGCGCGAGGCCCGGAGCAUUGCGGACGCGCUGAUGGCGCGGCCGGGGCCGAAGGGCGCGGUGCUGGACAUGUGCUAUAACCCGACGCCGUUUACGCGCUUGGUCGCCGUCGCCCAGGCGCAGGGCUGGCAGGUGAUUCUGGGAACCGAGGCGAUGAUUUGGCAGGGCCUGGAGCAGGACAAGUACUGGACGGGGAAGAGCGUUUCUGAACUACCUGUUGCCAAGGUCCGUGAGGCUAUUGCCGCGCGAGUGGCAAAGCGUCUGGCUUCAAAAUUGUAA